UUCUGAAAAAGUUCUAUCACUCCAUUACACUUGGCUAGGGUUUGUUUGUAAAGCAUCGUAUAGUGUUUUAAAAGCACUGCUUGAAUAGAAAAACAAAAGUUUCAUAUGAGUGGCUGAAUCGGAUUAUCCAAGUCCAAGUAUGACAGAUAUCAAAGUUACACCUUUGGGUGCUGGCCAAGAUGUGGGCAGAAGCUGUAUUUUGCUUCAAAUGGGGGGAAAGAAUAUAAUGCUGGACUGUGGCAUGCACAUGGGGUAUAAUGACGAGAGACGAUUCCCAGAUUUCUCUUACAUAGCAGAAGGAAAUUUAACCGAGUCCCUGGAUUGUGUCAUCAUAUCUCAUUUUCAUCUCGACCAUUGUGGAGCUUUGCCUUUUAUGACAGAAAUGGUUGGAUAUAAUGGGCCAAUUUACAUGACACAUCCAACAAAAGCUAUUGCUCCAAUUCUGUUGGAGGACAUGAGAAAAGUGGCUGUUGAAAGAAAGGGUGAAACAAACUUCUUCACUUCAGCUCAUAUUAAAGAUUGCAUGAAGAAAGUAAUUGCUGUCACUUUGCACCAAACUGUCCAGGUUGAUUCGGAAAUUGAAAUUAAAGCAUACUAUGCUGGGCAUGUAUUGGGUGCAGCCAUGUUUCAUGUUAAAGUGGGAAACCAAUCAGUGGUGUACACAGGUGACUACAACAUGACACCAGAUCGUCACCUGGGUGCCGCCUGGAUCGACAAGUGUCGACCAAAUAUCCUCAUCUCAGAAUCUACAUAUGCUACAACCAUCCGUGAUUCGAAACGCUGCCGAGAGCGCGACUUUUUGAAAAAAGUGCAUGAUUGUGUUGACCGAGGAGGCAAAGUGCUCAUUCCCGUAUUUGCUCUUGGUCGAGCUCAAGAGCUUUGUAUUCUACUGGAAACGUAUUGGGAAAGAAUGAACCUAAAAGCGCCCAUCUACUUUGCCAUAGGGCUUACCGAAAAGGCAAAUAAUUACUACAAAAUGUUCAUCACAUGGACAAAUCAAAAGAUUCGCAAAACCUUCGUUCAAAGAAACAUGUUUGAGUUCAAACACAUCAGGCCUUUCGACAAAAGCUACGCCGACACGCCUGGCCCAAUGGUUGUCUUUGCCACUCCUGGAAUGCUCCACGCCGGACUUUCACUGCAGCUUUUCAAGAAAUGGGCUCCCAACGAAAACAACAUGUUAAUCAUGCCCGGAUAUUGCGUUUCUGGAACGGUUGGAGCCAAGGUAUUAAGUGGCGCUAAAAAAGUAGAAACUGAAAACAGACAAGUUAUUGAAGUAAAAAUGUCCGUCCAAUACAUGUCAUUUAGUGCACAUGCCGACGCCAAAGGUAUCAUGCAGCUGAUUCAGUAUUGCGAGCCUCAAAAUGUACUUCUUGUUCACGGAGAGGGCGUAAAAAUGGAAUUCCUUAAGCAGAAGAUUCAGCAAGAAUACGGCAUCGACUGUUACAUGCCAGCUAACGGCGAAUCAGCUUACAUUCCAUGCAAACCUGUUGUACCUGUGGACGUAUCUCUUUCACUGCUGAAAAAAGAAAUUGCUCUAUAUGAUACGAUUGGAGCGCCGGAUCCCAAACGACCUUGCCGAAUGCAUGGUGUUCUCGUCAUGAAAGAUAAUGUUCUAAGGCUGAUGGAACCGGAAAAGGCAUUCGGUGAAUUAGGGCUAAAUCGACAUGCCAUUCGAUUCACUUCCUGUCUACAAUUACGACUUCCUGGGUCGGCUACUAAAGCAAUGGAUCAGAUACAGCUUAUUUUAAAUUCGCAAAAUACGAAUUACCCAGUUAAGCCAUCUGAAGAGGGUGUGUUGAAUUUGGAGUCAGUCAGCAUAAAAAUGGAAUCUACCGAUAAAGAGGAUCGUAAAUCUAUGAUGAUGUCUUGGGCAUUGCAGGAUGAGGAUUUAGCCACGUGGAUUAUGUCUUCACUACGACAAGUAAUCGUGUGAUGAACUCUUGAAAAACACGAGAUGUGAUUAUGUAUAACUGAAAAUGAUACUUGUGCCCCCAUUUCCUUGAAGGGUUCAAAACAUAGGAAAUCAAUUUC